UGGUCUUUUACCAGGGGCAUGCUGUUUGGGAUCUUUGUACGUGGUUUCUUAUGGUUUUAUGUUGAGGAUUUCCUUGUGCUUUGGAAAACUAUAUGUUGGACUUAGUGGAGCUAUGGAACUGCACUGCAAAUACCCCAAUCUGCCCAGAGCAAUUGGGAGACUUUGGGUAGUGUUUGGGCUGGUUUUGGAGAGCUUUUGCUGUGAUUGGGCAGUGUUCCUUGCUGUGUUUUGGGCUUUGUGUGAUGUACAACUGUUUUUGCUGCGCCUUUUUGGAAUUUGGGCCAGAUCUAGGUCCUCCACUUGGGGCUGGAACCAGUUCAAAGAACAGAAAUCCUUCUUUGGAUUCCUAUGUUCUGGACUGGAUCCUGGGGGCUGUUUGGGACGCUGGAUACGGUUUCUCUAUGAGCUAACUAUUCUUCAUCUCCUUGUUGUGGUGUGCUUCUCCUUUGGUGGAAUCGCUGGAUUCUGUCAUCUCUUGAAGUCAACGCAAGCUAGGGUUGGAGUUUCACUGUUCUUCUUCUACGCUAUCUUCUCCGAUGAUUUCCAGGUAAGUGUGGCUUGUUCCCUGAUUUCGAGCUGCUCUUUGAUGGCGAAGGGCAAGAAGAAGGAGCGUAGGCCUCCACCUCCCACUCCUCCUAAAAAGAAAGACCUGCGUAACUUUCUUCGUGAUUUGGAGGAGGAGUCUGGGAUUGGAGAUGAUAUAGUGGAUUGUGCUGAGAAUUUGGUUAACUAUCCGGUCAUGACUGAGGAGGAUUUUCUUCCUUGCUCUAAACCUGGUGAGGUCAUGAUUGAUGAUGAUGAUGAACGGGAUAUUGUGAAUAGGGUUGAUUCAUCUGACGACGAUAAGGGUGAACCUUCGGUUCAGUCCUCCUUUGACACCUCAAUUGAUGAAGAAGAAGUUGCUAGGACUCUCCAAAUCUCUCUGGAGCAGAACCUAGAAGCCAUCCUCACUGAUGAUGGGGAUAAUACCAUGGCCAAUGAACAACCUUUGAACAAGGAGACUCCUCCUGAUAAUGGUGCUGAUAUUCAUGUGGAACAACCUACCAACAACGAGGAGAAAGAGAAGGAAAAAGAACUUCCUGACGUUGGCAAGAGUAGAGAUAAGCUGAACGAUAAUAAAGUGGAUAAGCCUGCUGAUUCAAAGAAAUCUUUUGCUUCCUUUUUCAAGAAAAAUAGGGCUGAAGAUAAGGGAAUGAAGCUUCACAAGGUUGUUGCUGCUAAGUGCUUCAUACCUGAAGAAGACAUGCUGACUGUGGAAGAAAUCUGGGGACCUUGUCUGGUGGGUUGCUUCACUGGUAGAUUCCCUGGGCUGGUAGCCAUCCAAAAACUGGUUGAUAGUUGGGGAGUCAAGUGCAAGUUCCUGCCUCAUCACCAAGGAUGGGUUGUCUUCAAAUUCCUUACCAAUGAGGAUAGGGAUUCUGCUCUCUUACAUGCCAAGAAAGAACUCAAUAAUAAGAAAUUGCUCAUUAACAUUCCUCCUGAUGACUUUAUGUGGGAUAUUAAGUCCUUUUCAACUAUGCCUGUCUGGGUUAAACUGUGGAAUGUUCCCAUGAGGUUCUGGUCCUCAAAUGCCCUAUCACACAUAGGGUCUCAACUUGGCACUCCCUUGUACACUGAUGGCCUCACUCACACAGUGGCUUCCAAGUUGAGUGCUGAGGAUCAGGAAGAGAAUGAUGAGCUUAAGUAUCAGAAGCCCAAUUACUGCAGAAUGUUGAUAAACAUGGACCUAUCCCUUACACCUCCCACUUCUGUUGAGGUGGAUUUUGUUGGGGGUAGCUAUGUUCAAAAGGUUGAGUAUGAGGACAUGCCUCAAUACUGCUAUCAUUGUAAGUGUUUUGGCCAUGACCCCUUUAACUGCUUAGUUCUUCAUGAGAUUAACAAGAGAAAAUACAAUGAAGAACAAAAAGUAAGAGAGAGGGCUAGGGUUGAAACCCUUAAGACCAUAAUGCUUACAGAAGCACAACAACAACCACAGAAGGGGAAGGAAAAUGGGAAAGAUGAAGUGAACAACACUGCUGAAAACAAAGGAAAAGGAAAACAGAAAACUGGAUACAACAAAGGGGGAGGUCAGACUGGAGGAUACAGAGGUGAUCUCAGUAGCCCUUGGGCUGUCAUGGGGGAUUUCAAUGCAGUUAUCAGCUCCACUGAAAGAGUGAACUGCCAAACCCAGAGUGCCUACUACAUGACAGAUCUCAGACAGUUCAGAAUCAACAAUGCCCUUAAUGAUGCUAACUCAUCAGGGCUGGAAUUUACUUGGAACAAAGGGGAAAAAUGGGCCAAACUUGACAGAGUUCUGAUCAAUGAUGAAUGGGAAAAUAUGCAAUGGGAUUGCUGGGCUGAAUUUAGAGACAUGGAGGCAAUCUCUGACCACUGCCCAGUGUUGCUGAAACUUAUGAAUAUCCAGAACCAGAGCACCAGGCCUUUUAAGUUUUACAAUAUGUGGCUCAAGCAUGAUAAUUUUGAUAUGGUGGUCAGGGAGAAUUGGAAGCAAUGGGUCAAUGGUACAAGGCAAUACAGAUUAUGUGUCAAACUCAAAAAACUGAAACAACCUUUGAGGCUUCUGAAUAAACAACAUUUUGGCCAUAUUUCUCAGAGAGCUGAAUCUGCCAGAAAAGAGUACAGCCAUCUCAUGCAGGAGCUGAUCCUGGAACCUGACAACCCUUCCCUUCUGUCCAAAAGUGUUGAACUUAGAAACAAAGUCAGUUUCUUCAUGGAUGCUGAAAGAUCUUUCUUCCAACAGAAGACUAAGUGUGAACUGCUCUUUGAGGGGGAGAAAUGCACCAAAUUUUUCCAUGCCCUGAUGAGAGGGGACAAAGAAUCUGUCCAGGUCCUUGCUGAUGCCUUGAAGCACUUUUCCUCUGUCUCAGGCCUCCAUGUCAAUGCACAUAAAUCAAACAUUUAUUUGGCAGGGCAAAUCAAGGGGAAUAAGCAGCAUAUCCUCAACUUGGUGAAUUUCCCUGAAGGACUUUUACCAGUUAAAUACCUAGGACUGCCACUCACUUCCCAAAGGGCAUCAGAGAGGGACUUUGCACCAUUGAUUGAAACUGUUGAUGAUAAUAUAAGAAGAUGGAACACAAAAACUUUGACUAUUGCUGGAAGAUCUGAACUUAUUAGGAGUGUUAUCCAAGGGAUAGAAGGUUUUUGGCUUCAAGCUUUCCCCAUCCAUAAAUCUGUCCUUAACAGGAUAACCUCCAUCUGCAGAACCUUCCUUUGGGGAAACAAAUUCUACAAAGUGUCUUGGGAUGAUAUUUGCAAACCAAAAGAGGAAGGGGGACAUGGGCUUAGGAACUCAGAAGACAGAGACAUUUGGGCCUGGAUCCCUAAACAUGGGGAUUCACACUUCUUCAAAAAGCUUGCAGAAGUGAGAAACAAUCUAGCCCAGAAGCUUGGUAUUGAUCAGAAUCAAGAAGUGGAUUGGGAUGAACUCCUUGUUGAUGGAAUAUUCUGUACAACGAAGGUGUAUGAUUUACUGAGAGUCCAUUUGCCUCCUAAACCUUGCAUGAAAAUGAUUUGGCAAAGCUACAUUCCACCCAGAUUCUCUGUUACAACCUGGCUUGCCAUUAGAAGGAGGUUAUCAACCAAGGUGAAUCUGGGAUUUAUCCCCAUGGAGAAUAGGAAUUGUAGCCUCUGUGGACAAGAACUUGAGACCACUGAUCAUCUUUUCUUUGCUUGCACUGCUUCCCAUCAGAUUUGGAAGAAUGUGAAAGAUUGGCUCAAAAUUCCUUAUGCACUCUCAACUAUUGAAAGAGUUAUCAAAUGGCUCCUUGGAAGGCAUAGAGUGCAUGGUAACCUGAGAAACAUCUGGAGAUUAGCAGCAAUGAGCACCAUACAUCAUAUUUGGAAGUUGAGAAAUGCUGUGUAUUUUGAGGUUGGACCCCUUUGGCUUUGCUACUGGGGUGGUGGAAAUAAAUCAGACUCUAUGUACCCUUUUGGAUAUGUAGAGACUGACUUAGGUCCUGGUUGGGGUGUUUACACCCAUUUCCUUCUUUCUCUCCCUCUCCUCCCCUUCUUGCUAUUCACCCUUCUCUUCUUGGCCUCCUCCUUCUCUCUUGGUCAUAACCUGGUUGUUCACACUCCAAUCACUCUUCAGAUUGAGUAUGAGCAGACUUGGUUAUGGCCUGGGUUCCUUUUGGGUGGGUGGACCCUUUGGGUGGUGGAAACAGGUCAUUCUUUGGAUACCCCUUCUGGAUAUGUAAAGAAUAACCUGGAUCCCAGGAUCCCUGUUUGCUAUCUUGUUUUGAAUGAUGUUACAGCCCUCAGCAUUAACUGGAAUGAUUUGGUUGCUGUUUCUUUUGCUUUUUCUGAAGAUUGGAAGAGCUGGUACACUCUUCGAAGGGACUUGGGCAUACCUGUUUGCAAUGGUCGUUUUGACAUGAUUUCGUUGCUUUUGAUGUGGCUUUGACUCCUCCUCUCUUGGAUUCCCUGUGUUGUAGAAGAGCUGAAACACUCUUUGAAGGGACUUGGAUUUACCUGUUUG